GUGUGUGUGUGAAGCGGGGUGUUUGGAGUAGGUCAAACUCUGGAGUCAGGGCGAAGCCUUGGAGAAAUAUUCUUUUAAAAAGUCAUUGCCAUGAGAGUUGAACAGGAUUUUGAACAUGGGGAAACGUCUGAAAACUCGAGCCAAACGCUGUUUAACCAGCUCAGAGAGAUUACUGGCAUUCAGGAUCUGCAGGUUCUCCAGAGCGCCCUGAACGCUAGUCAAGGUGACAUCAGCCAUGCCAUUGGGCUACUGACCACCCAGCCCCCAGAAGAGGAGCACAUGCCCGAAGAACCAACUAAAGCCAAUAAUGAGAGGAACACCUCCAAUACACAGAACGGUGCUGCUAAAGAUGAUCUGCAGACCGCCAUUGAGCUUAGUCUUCAGGAGUCACAGCAGGCCGGAGCGGAGCAGAGAGAGCUGCACAGGGCUCUUGAGGUUAGUGCAGAAGAGAAUGCGGCCUGCAUGAAAAGAAAGAGGUGUGAGGGGUCUGGAGAAAGCUGCAGCCCUGCUGACUGGAUCCGACAAGAGGACUGUCCUGUGGGUAUCCGUAAUGUGGGAAAUACUUGCUGGUUCAGCGCUGUCAUUCAGUCUCUGUUCCAUCUGCCGGUGUUCCGUAGACUGGUGCUCAAUUACUGCCUGUCUGAGCGUGUGCUGGAGAAAUGCAAGAGUCAUUCAGAGAAAAGAAACAUUGCCUUCAUGCAGGAGUUGCGUUGCCUGUUUGCUCUGAUGGUGGGCUCAAACCGUAGGUUUGUAGACCCCUCUGCAGCAGUCGAGCUUCUCAGGGAUGCAUUUAGAACCAGUGAGGCACAGCAGGAUGUCAGUGAAUUCACACACAAGUUGCUUGACUGGCUCGAGGAUGCAUUCCAGCUGGCUGCUAAUGGAAAUAACCCAGAGGAUAAACAAAACAACCCCAUGGUCCAGCUGUUUUAUGGCACAUUUGUGGCUGAGAGACUUCAUGAAGAAAAGAUUGUGUCCAACAUUGAGCAAUUUGGACAAUACCCUCUCCAAGUGAACGGCUUCAAUAAUUUAGAUGAAUGUUUGGAGGGUGCCAUGGUUGAAGGAGAGAUUGAAUUGCUUCAUUCAGAUCAGACAAUGUCCUCUGGCCAAGAGAGGUGGUUUUCUAAGCUGCCACCAGUGUUGACAUUUGAGCUGUCCAGAUUUGAGUUCAAUCAGUCUUUAGGGCGACCAGAAAAAAUACACAAAAAACUGGAGUUUCCCCAAGUGAUCUAUAUGGACAGAUACCUCCACAAAAAUGUUGAUCAGACCCAUGGUAGGAGAGGAGGAGUCAAGAGACUCAAGGACCAGUUAACAGUUCUACAGCAGAAACUUGAGGGAUAUAAAAACUAUGGCUCAGGGCCAACCAAAUACCCCCUGGCAGACAUGUUGCAGUAUGUGCUGGAGUUUGCCACCACUAAACCCACAAACGUGUCUCCAGCCUCAGUACCUAUGAAUCCUGCCGCACACACAGAACCCAGCUCAAGUGACAGCAGUCAAAUAGAACCAGACGAUGCAGGCUCAUCAGAUGGCUCGGACUGCCCGCAGACAGCUACACAGAGAACUCCCAUACACAAGCCUUUUACUCAGUGUAGACCCCCCAUAGAGGUGCCACUGCAACCAGCCCCUCACAGCGUGACCGAGGAAGAGCUGUACUUCGUCAGGAGCUGCUUACAGCGCUGGAGAGCAGAAGUUGAGAACACCAUAAACGAGCUGAAAGCCAGCAUUGACAAGGUCAGCCAGGCCCUGGAGGGCAUGUACUCAGAUAACAGUCUGUGUCAGGUGCCCUAUAGGCUGCACGCUGUGCUCGUCCAUGAAGGACAGGCCUCCGCUGGCCAUUACUGGGCGUACAUCUAUGAUCAUGCUAAUAAACGCUGGCUGAAGUACAACGAUGUAAUGGUGACAGAGUCAACCUGGGAGGAGCUGGUUCGAGACUCAUACGGUGGCAUGACCAACGCCAGCGCCUACUGCCUCAUGUACAUCAAUGACAAGCUGCCAUACCUCAUAGCAGAAGACACGGACAAUGAAACAGGGCAGGUUCUGAAAGGAAUGGACUCCCUUCCGUCUAUCCUGAGGCGUUAUGUUCGGGAGGAUAACCGCUGGUUCCAGCAGGAACUGAGAGAAUGGGAAGAGCAGUUCUGCCAAGCCCAACGUGAAGAAGCGCAAGUUCAAACACACACAGAGAAAGCCGUCCCAGAAGAGCCACAGAACCCAGAGCAGGAGCCAAACCCAGAACCAGUCCAAGAACAAACAAAUGAAGUGUCCCAAGAACCACCCACAGAUUCAACACCAGCACCUGCCCAGGACAGUGAAGAGCCCAUGGCCAAUUCAACAGCUCUCAACUCGAUAUCAUCAGAGCCCAGUGAGAAUGUGGAAGAGGAAGGUGAGGAGCGUAUCGCCAGCAGCCAGACACUUGGCCCGCCAGAUGAAGAGAAGCCAGAUUUGAGUCAGCAGCCUGUGGUGGAGUCAGCCACUACAGACAGAUCUGAGUCAGAGGUGGAGGUGGAGGAGCAGGUCAUCAGUGAUGAGGGAGGACCAGAGGCAGAGCCGGAGGCCUCAUCCACAGAGAACCAGGCCACGGCCACGCGCAGCCAGCCUGAGAAUGACGUGUCUGAGAUCGAGAUACCCAAUGUGGGCAAGAUUCUGGUGCGCUCUGAUGCCGAUGGCUACAAUGAGGAGAUGAUGCUAACACCAGCUAUGCAGGGCGUCAUUUUUGCAAUUGCCAAGGCAAGACAGGUCUUUGACAAAGACGGACCUGAAGCAGGACUCAUCAAGGCGUUCCAUGAGGAAUAUUCCAGAUUGUAUGAGCUGUCCCAGGAAGAGACCACACCCCAGCAGGACCCUCGACUCCAGCAUGUUCUGGUCUACUUUUUCCAAAACCAGGCACCUAACCGUGUCAUUGAGAGGACAUUACUGGAGCAGUUUGCAGAUCGUAACCUGAGUUUUGAUGAUCGGGCUAUCAGUAUCAUGAGAGAGGCCAGAUCUAAAAUCCGUCUCAUUAAACCAGAAGACAUGGACAUGGAUGAAUACUUGCAAUGGCAUGAUGACUACAGCAUGUUCAAGACAGUGUUUGCCUACCUGUUGGCAGGUCUCGAGCUGUAUCAGAAUGGAAAGAUAAGAGAAGCUCUGAAUUAUCUCGCACAUGCACACCAGGACAACUCAGUCCUUCUUAGGAAAGGGGAGAAGAAAGGAGUGGACCAGUCACUUAUAGCACUUUACAGAAGAAAGUGUUUGAAAGAGCUGAAUGAGAACGCAGCCACCCUCUUUAAAAGUCAAGAUGAAAAUGACGUGGCAGAGGCGGUGACCAUCAUGAAUGAGUGCAUCAUCCCUUGCAUGCACCUCAUGGUCAGAGACAGCGUCAGCCAAGAGGACUUGGACGUCAUAGAGCUGAUCAGGAGUUGCUGGUGCUCCUACCUGGGGCAGGACAUGGAUGAUUCUGUUCAGGAAAAGCUCAGUGAAUUCCUGCCCAGAGUCCUGGACUGUUCUGCAGAAAUGGUGGUCCUGAAGGAGCCCCCCAAAGUGAGGAACUCUCCCCAUGAUCUGUGCAGCCGCCUGACUGCCGUCAUGAAGUCCAUUCACAGCACCUCAGUCGUCACUGUGAAGUGAGGCAAGGUUGAAAAAAAACAAGGCACAGUCACAAGGUGAUCUAUCCUCUGCCUCAGGCUGAGCUGGAUUUUAUUUUCGCUGCACAAUGACGUUUUCUGUCACACUACGGUACACAUAUUCACUGUGUUCUGAAUUCCUUCAAAGGAGAUUGAUUGGCUGCUUUCGAUCUUUGUAGGUGUUUGAUCUCAGGAAAGAUCAAAUAGCUGACAUUUUGUAAAGCCAGGUUUGUGAGAGGGCAGUGAAGGCAGAGUGAAAGAUUUUACCCUGUUCUUCUUUUCACGUGAGCUGUAGACAGCGUGAAAAUAUAGUCUUUUAUAGAGAUUUGCUGGAGCCACUUUAUUUCAGUCUACACUUAGCUGAAGAUCUUCUGUGUAUUCUUUCUUUGUACAGUAAGGUUGUCUGAUUUUCCACUCCUUUGUUCUACCCCUCUUUUACCUUUCAAUAAAAAUUAGAUUUCUCACUUUGUCGCCCUGUCCUGUGAGUUCUCUUUUUUCUUUUGUAUUUUCCCCCCUAUCUGUUCUCAUUUUCUGUUUCUUCCCAGUUCUUCUCAUCAUAAUUCUAUAAGGAUUUCCAUUUAUACGGUACAUCUACUGCAGGUCCAUUGAUAAUAACUAGUUAUUAUGUAGGAGACCACAGGCAGGACCAUUUAUUAGUAAAUCUAUGUGAACUCUUAUUUGUACUUGUUUCAUCACGUUAUGGCUUCUGCAGUCACAAUC